AAUUAAAUGAGUGUAGCAACAAAAGGUUUGAUUGAAUUUGUUAAUCCAUGUAAUAUAGAUUCUCUAUUUAGAUAAAUUACCUAAAUUUGUUAAAUAAGUUCAUUUAUAAAUGAGAGAAAUAGAAGGAAGACAACCUUUUGGUUAGGGAUUAUACCAUUGCAAUAAUUAUGAAAAUUUAAUGAAAAGACUUACUGAUACCCGAUAACAAUAUAGACAAUCAAAAGACAUAUAAACAAGAAUUUAAUUAGCAUAAUAAGAAUACUAGGCUUGGAAUAAUUAUAUUAAGGAACGUAGCUUAGAAUUGCCAGAAUAACAUAAAGUAACUGGAAAACAAUUAAAUGAAUUGAGAAGAUCAUAUGAUGUUUUUAUAGCUAAAGGAGAGAAUGGUCUUAGACCAUCUGAAUUACUCAAUCUUUUUAAUGUAAUUGCAUUAUUAUAAAUAAGGAUUAUACAAGAGUUAAUCAAUUUACAAUUCCAGUAGAUAAUUGGUGUGUAUUAUAAAUGGUUCAUUAUAGUAUGGGUUAUCCAAUGAAUAUGAAUAGAUUAUUAACAUUUGAAGAAAUUGCUACUUUAGUUUAAACAAAAGUUUUAGCCACAUAUGAAAGAUCUCUUGGUUAGGAUUUAUUAUUUAGAGAGAUUUGUUCAUAUGGUUAUUGGAAUUUAUUUGAUUAAAGUAAAGGAUAUAUGAGUAUCAAAGAGUUUAGUAACUUUGUUAAAGUAAUAUAAUUAUAAAUAUUUUAGAUAUUUAAAUUUAAUGUAGAACCAACAUUGGGAGGGAUAUUAAAAGAAUUUGGAUUUGCAGCGAAUUUGUUUUAGGGUGAAUUUGUAAAAGAAAUAGAUCCGAAAGAAGAGAUAGUGAGAUUCGAUUUCUUUAGAUAUUUAUUUUUAGAGAGAAAUUUGUGAUUAUU